CUCUAAUACUAGGAAGACCUGGGGCAUCCGCAGGAAACAGUCCUGGAGAUACACUGCACAAGUAUUUUAGAUUUCCCUGUUCAGUAAUAGUCAGCAUGCUAUUAUUCUCUCACAUGUUGGCUGUAGCUUCUCUUCAGAUCUUCAUCCUCUCAGGGAAUUGGGCUCUAGCCAAGAACAUCAACUUCUAUAAUGUGAGACCUCCAUUAGACCCCACUCCAUUUCCAAACAGCUUUAAGUGUUUCACCUGUGCAAAUGCAGUCGACAAUUACAACUGUAACAGAUGGGCUGAAGAUAAAUGGUGUCCUGAAAAUACAAAGUACUGCUUGACAGUUCAUCAUUUCACAAGCCAUGGAAGGAGUACAUCUGUGACCAAAAAAUGUGCUACCAGGGAUGAAUGCCGUUUUGUUGGCUGUCACCCCCACAGAGAGACAGGCCAUACAGAAUGCGUUUCUUGCUGUGAAGGGAUGAUCUGCAAUGUAGAAAUACCAACCAAUCACACAAAUGCAGUGUUUUCAGUAAUGCAUGCUCAGAGGAAAUCAGAUGGCAGCAGGAGGACAAUUAGCAUUCCGGUGCUUGCAUCAGUCAUAACAAUUAUGUUGUUAUGAUGCCGCUUUCCAUGUGCCCAAUGUGAUUCAGAGGGAUAAACUUUAUGGGCUCUAACAUGACGCUAUAAGAAGAACGUUUCAGUUUGAACAA